AUGUCAUCGAAGGGAGAAGUAAUUUCAACAUUUGAUAAGGAUACUUGUGACACAACUUACACUGAAGAAAAUCUUGAAAUAUUAAAUAGCAACAUACCAAUUGAGAAUGAUAUGGGAUAUCUUUACCUUAAAGCUUGGAGCUCACGUAAGAUAUGUUGUUUCUGUAAUGAUGAUGAUCCUAAUCAGCUAGGCAACUUCAUUGGUCCUUAUCCAUUUAUUGCAAAUAUUUAUACACGACAUGGUGAAAGACAAAAAAGAUUUUGGUCACAUUAUGCUUGUGCAAAAUAUUCACCCGAAGUUUAUGUUACCAAGAAUAAUGAAUGGUAUAAUAUCACUAUAGCUUGGAAAAGAGGCAGAAGUAUGAAAUGUGCAAAAUGUAAAGAAAGAGGAGCAACAAUUGGAUGUUUUGAUCCAAAAUGUGCAAAAAGUUAUCAUCUUGCAUGUACUGAAAAACCCCUUUCACAUUUUGAAAUGGGUGUGAUUUUUUAUUGCCCCACACAUGAAUCACGUUAUGCUCAAACAGAAUACUAUAAUGAAGUUUAUAGAUGUGAUGUUUGUUCAUGUGAAUUACAAGCAGACAAAUGGUGGACUUGUAAACCAUGCGAAUCUAAAUUCUUUACUUCAUUUGAUUUAUGUCAACAAGAUGACCAAAUCACAAAACAGGCCACAAUAGCUGUUGCUAAUCAAAAAGCUCGAAUGAAGAAAAAAACCAAGAAUUCACUUCCAAGUCGUGGUAAAGGAUCAAAAAUUCAAUGUUCAUAUUGUUGGGCAGAAGAAUCUCCUCGUUGGAGGAAAGGUUAUAAUGGAGUAUUAAUGUGUGAAGAAUGUUUUGAAUCAGUUCUUAUAAACAACAAUAAUGCAAGUGACAUGCAACAUUUGGAAACAAAUCAAUAUAUAACUAGUAGCGAGGAUUAUAUUUAUAGACCAUAUCUCACUAGAACUAUUUGUUCUGACAAAAAUUUUGAUGAUUUGGAAUCGCAUGCUUUGUAUCUUGAUAGUUACGAACCAGCUGAAAAUCAAUUGUUCUCAUUAACAUUUGAUAGUUCUUAUUUUGACAUUCCUGGUCGUGCACCAAGAUGGGCAACACAUAGUGGUACUGACUAUCAUGGUACAUGGCUUCCACAAACAGUUCGAAGGCAAAUAUCCAAUAAUUCUCAAUCAAUUUGA